AUGGGACAAGUACUAUCCAUCACAACCAGCACGCUCAGAAACCUCCUAAGGAUACGGAAAGUGGUCCCGGCGGACUUCACCGUCCUCUUCGGCGCCUGCGUCCUCCUGGCGGCCAACAGGACCAAGGAGUACCUGCUGUUCCAGGACCCCGAGAACAAGUUCGUCCCCGGCGCCGGCACCCUGAACGAGAUCUUCCUGAUGACCUACGUCACGCGGAGCGUGCAGCUGCAGAUCACCGAGGCGUUCAACUGCACCGCCAUGACCAAGGAGCAGAAGAUCCUGCUGGGCGCCGACUGGGUGUGGGCGGUGCUGGAGGCGCCCAGCAAGAACCCCACCAUCCAGGUGGCCGUGCAGGUGCUGCACCCGGCGGACGUGGCGGACGCGGGCGAGGGCGAGGGGGCGGGGGCCCCGCCCAAGGAGUCCUACACCGAGGCCAUGGAGAUGGCCCACAUGGAGUCGGCCGACAAGACCAAGGCCGAGCGGCUGAUCGAGUUCUGCUCGUCGGUCGGGCCGGACUGCUACGCCCUCUUCCUCUUCUUCGGCCGCCGGGGCGACCCCGGGAACAUCUACGGCGUGCUCAGCAACAACUUCCACGCCGCCGUCGGCAAGUGCGCCCGGAUCGACCCCGCCUUCAUCGACAACUUCUUCAAGGGGUCCAAGUCGUUCGCCUCGCCCGCUCGCAUGCUGCAGGCCAUCGUGCAGCGGACACAAGACGAGCCCGUGACCAUGACCAUUAAGUUCACUUAACGCUGCAGAUCGGUGCUCCCUCUCCUGGCCUGGGACUUCCCCCACGCGUCUGCUGGCUUUCCCUUCAGCACUCAGUGUGUCAGGUUUGACUGAGCCUUUGACAGAAUGCUAGUUAUAUAUAUAUUUUUUGGUACCUUUACAUUUCAACUGCAAAAAACUCUUGUUUAAAAACAAACUGUUGGAGGCGAAUCUGUGUUAAAAGUUGUUUGUUAGCAUAUAUGCUCAUUUGCGGUGGCUUUUACACAUUCUUGGCCCCGUCGAACAACAGAUCAUUCUAUUGAUUGUUAAAUUCUUCUUUUUUUCUUGUUAGUUAGAGGGCUCAAUUGUAUGUAAUUUAUGUUAAAUAAUAAUAAUAAUAACUUGAACCCUUAUUUGGACAAACAAGGUUCAUAAAACACCCUGUAUCCAAAGCAGUGAACUAGCAGCAGUCACAUUUUAACAUAGGUUAAAAAUAAAAAUAAUAUAUAUAAAACAAUGUUCUUUAUAUUCUUUAUAUAUUAUUGUUUAUACAAGUAAACAGGCAACUCAAAGUGCUUCACCGUGGUUAAAUUCUUUUAAAAUGUCUUAAAAUACAUAAGACGUCCCAACAAGUAUAAAAAUGAAAGUGAUGUCCACCCCAGGUGAAUAUUCCGUUAAAGGCUCAAUCAAAUCUGACCGAGUGCUGAACUGAAACGCCAGACCUGCCACGUACACAGUCUGAGACCCCCGGGGGCAAGGCUGAGGGACACAUACAAAACAAAACCACCCCGACUCCCCACCCCUUCUGAAAAAGAAAAAAAACCUAGCAGCUGACUUCCCUGCUUGUGCCACCCAGAGCAGGUUAAACUUAAAUUGGCUCGCAUCCAUGACAACACCGAAACCCCCCUGGAUCCUCCAAACUCCUUCCGUGUUGAGACAUCUUUGUCAAAAGGGUCCGUGUCUUGACAUGGAUCCAGAGAAUGAAUUCCAAAGGGUGUCUUUACCACCUACAAGGACACUAUAGCUUAAAGUAAUUAACAGGCUUUCUACAGUGUUCACACUAGAUACCCCCAUGUGGCCUGUUGGGGGAAACUAAACUACACUACAUUAAAUUUAUGAAUUAUUUAAAUGUGUACGUUUUUGCACCUUCAGCGAUUUUAUGAAAUGUAAUGGUUUUAAUUAUAAUCGUGUACUAACUGUACUUAAUGUGGUCUGUCACAGUUAGACGCCUGCAAGGGGAGGCUAUAAUUAAUGCAUCAAUCGUGUGUGUAAAUGCUGGAUGCAUAUGAUUGAUCAUUAUUUUUUAUCUUAAAGGAGUCUCAUAUUUUGUCUUUGAUUGCACCUGAAUUACAUUUUUUAUCGUAACAUGAAGAAGAACAGCCAUUUGUACGUUUUCACAAAGGUCGGUGUGACCAAAAUGUCAGCGUUUGUGAAACCUUAAAACUGGCGAGGUUUUGGUAAAGACAGAGUGCAAUAGCUGUGCUGUCUAUUCAUCCAAGUAUCAGUAACAAAUUAUAUUGUUUACAAUGGAUAUAAAAUGUUUUUAAAUUAAAACACAGUAAAUGUAUUGCUUUCAUGUUGAGACAAAAACUGCUGUUUCUCAGUAAGAGAUGAUCCAUGUUGAUGCAAAUUUUGGGAGGGCUUUAAUGAAAUGCAACCAAAACUUGUCUGCUAGUAUGUCUACUAAUUCAACUAUAGUAGCAGGUUUGGUGUUUGACUUUGUCAAAUGACUUGAAAACUUCAGGUAUUAUAUAGUAAGCAAAAUUUAAAUAAAUCAUACUUGAUACCUUGCCA